CUACCCAUGUCUCUUAUCUCACUUUUCAGAUCAUGAACCAGACUCCUCAAAUAGCCCAAGACUUGCUCAAAAAUCCUACAGACGAGCUGAAAGAGCUUUUGUCGAAUCCCUCUACUCGGGACAUCAUGUCCACCCCCGGUCUGAGCGUGGCCAACGGCCACUCACCUACGAAUAAAGUGGGCGAUGGGAGGUUACAAGUUGUUGACGAGCAUCAGAACUUUACCAAAGACCUCUCUAGCUAUCUUGAAAGAUGGGGGCUGCUCGACAAGGGCUUUGCCUACGACGUAGUAGCUGUCUUCGGCUCGCAAUCGACUGGCAAGUCGACCCUGCUCAACAGGCUCUUUGGCACCUCGUUUGACGUCAUGGAUGAGGCCAAGCGACAACAAACUACCAAAGGGAUAUGGAUGUGUCCCUCUGCGUACUCCUCCACGUUGGUUAUGGACGUUGAGGGGACAGACGGUAGGGAAAGAGGCGAGGAUCAAGAUUUCGAGAGGAAAAGUGCCCUGUUCUCCUUGGCUAGUACAGAAGUGCUCAUUGUCAAUCUUUGGGAACAUCAAAUCGGUUUGUACCAAGGGGCCAACAUGGGAUUGCUGAAGACCGUCUUCGAGGUCAACUUGGGGCUUUUCGGAGGGGGAGUAGAAGAGAAUAAACCGAGACCCCAGGAGAAGACGCACAUUCUUUUUGUGAUCCGAGAUCAUGUCGGUUCUACCCCUAUCAGCAAUUUGACAGCCACUCUCACAGCCGACAUGGACAAGAUCUGGGCUUCAUUAUCAAAGCCCGAUCAUUUGAAAGAAUCCACUCUUCAACAGUAUUUUGAUCUCUCCUUUGCCGCUUUGCCUCACAAGAUUCUGAUGCCGGAUAAAUUCGAAGAGGCCGUGUUGGAACUUCGAAAGAGAUUUGUAGAUCGGAGUAGGAGUGAUUACAUCUUUCAGCCUGCAUAUCACAAACGUAUACCGGCCGACGGUGUUGGGUUUUACAUGGAAGGUAUUUGGCAACAAGUCUUGACCAACAAAGAUUUAGAUCUGCCUACGCAACAAGAGCUCCUUGCACAAUUCCGAUGCGAUGAGAUUUCCGCAGCCGUCAUAGACACCUUCAACGUCAGCUCAAAGGUGGUUCGAAAACCUGUCGAGGCGGGUUCUGUGGUAGAGGGCUUGGGAGCUCUGAUCAAGGACUGGAUCGCCACAGCUUUGAGCAAAUUCGACCGCGAUGCGUCGCGGUACCAUGCUGGCGUGUAUCAGCGGAAACGACUGGAUCUCCUCGCUGUGUUGCACACCUCUCUAUCGCCUGUCUUUCUUGGUCAAGUGAAAAAUCUCCACAAGAUGGUCGCUGCGAAGUUUACCAAGGACAUCACUGCGGGUCUAAAGGAUCCAGGAUACGACUUCGCUGCGGUAGUGAGCAAGGGCAAGGCGAAGGCUCGAGAAGAGUUUUUAGCCGGAGCAAAGGAAGUCAAGGUUGAGAACACAGAUUGGGAAUAUGAGCACGAAUUUGAACUGCUAGACGAAGAUCUGAGGCUUAUUGCCGAUCGAUGUAGGGCGGACGAGACUAAAAAGAUGGUCAACGCUAUUGAGCGGACGGUCAAGCGACAGUUGUUGGAACCUGUUGAAUUAGCCUUAAGUAAACCCAAACCUGGCAUGUGGGACACGGUCUUGACUGCCUAUCGCCAAGUUUCGUCCACAGCGGAAACCACCUAUCUGACAAAGGCAAAGAGCUUCGGGUGCACAGACGAGGAGAACGAACACGCUCUAUCCACCAUUCGUGCCCGCUCAUGGAUGGCAUUACGGCGCAAGUUGGAAGAACAGAUAUCAGAUGCGACCAUUCUAGGUACUCUACGUACGACAUUCGAAGAGAGAUUCCGAUAUGACGAACAUGGUGUUCCUAGGGUCUGGCGACCGGAAGAUGAUAUCGAGACAGCGUUUACAAAAGCCAAAGAUGAGACCCUUACCCUUCUCCCAUUGUUCGCAAAUAUAUCACCUACCCAUUCUACACUCCUUCCUAAACUUCCUACUCCAGAGGUGUCCCAUGAUGUAGACGCCGAUCCUACACCUUUCGACCCGUCCACAGCGUACAACUUGAUUUCUCCAACGAGAAUGUUGUCUUUGGAAAAUCGGUUCAAACGCGAUGCAGAUGCGGCGUAUGUGGAGGCGAAGCGAAGUGUAGUAUCGAGUGUAGCUCAAGUACCAUUGUGGAUGUACGGUGCCUUGGCAGUGUUAGGAUGGAACGAAGCCAUGGCGGUUUUGUUUAAUCCAUUAUAUUUCGCUAUGCUCUUGGUCAUUGCUGCUUCUGCAUAUCUCAUUCUCCAACUGGGUCUUGCCGGACCCCUCUUACAAAUCUCACGGACGAUCAUAAAUGAAAUCCGUCGGAUAGCUACAGACAGAUUAAGGGAAGCUUUCGCCGAUGUACCAGAAGCUAGACAGUUGGUGGAGCCCGUGUCGGCCGUGGCGAGCGGUGUGGAGGAUAAGGGUAGGGAAGCCAGACGUAGAGGUGAUUUGUUAGGAGAGAAAAUUGCAGAGUUGGACAAGUAAUGUGUAUGCAUUGUAGCAUUUUGUGUUUGU